GCAAAGUUAUACUAUAUCAACACUAAUGAUGGUCCUGCCCACCUACACAACCUGAAAUGCAAAAGUCGCUCCUCAAACCGAGCAGUAAGUCAACAUCAGAAAGAAAGUCUUCUGUAUAUACUGGCCGUGUUUUUCAUUCUUAUCAUUUCCAGUUGUUGUAGCUCUGGUAACAAGCUUCGACCAGAAAAACCUGAUGAUUUGCUCGGCUCGUCUCGGCCCACCGAAGCCCUUGUCCCCAACAGGUAUAAAACCGGCUUCCAGCAACGCACAGCAACUCUCCUCCUCCUGCACCUCGUUCGUGGCGACACUCGUUGACGUCCCUUUCCGAAAUGUGCGAGAGUAGCCCGACGAACCUGGAGAUGGCCAUGUGCUGUCUCGGUGAUAUCUUUGACCAAUACGCGGCUGCAGAGGGGAACAGUUUCACCCUGACCAAGAAGGAACUCAGGACUCUGAUUGAGAAAGAGCUGCCCGAACUUUACCAGGCAGCACAGGCAGACCCUGAGGGGCUAAACCUUAUGCAGGGGCUGGAUUCCGACAAAGACGGAGAGGUGGACUUCCAGGAGUUUAUGAUCGCCAUGUCCUGCGUGUCCUGCAUCAGCAAAGCGUCGCGCUGCUUCAAGUGAGCGCGGCGGGCGAGGCCCGCUGAAUAAAAACCUGUUGGAGCACUUGA